AUGCGGUGUACAUCUUCGAGGCGCUGGCUAACACGCCACCACUCGCCUCUUUGUCUCCUCUGCGAUUCCCUACAACCAGAACCAUGCCCCUUUGCGUGUGGAAGCGGUGACAGAAGAUCCUCUCCUUCUGACAAGCCGAAUAACCAGGCGACCUUCACACUUGCUGGUCAAAGAAAGCAGCAGUGCUCUCCGCAAACCUUUCAUGUCUCGACUAUUCAGCUUCAUGUACAGACCAACUGUUGGCAGGCCUCUUCAAAUUGUCCCAUUCGUCUAUUUUCUUCUUUACGUCAUGCCUAUGAAGCAAGCUCUCAGUUAACCGGCAAUCUUUGCUCUUCAACGUCCACUCUAAUCACCUAUUGCUCCCAUUUUCCAGUUCUCUUUGCUUCUGCCCUCUUCGAUGCAGCAUGUUUUCCAUCCAUCAGAUCCCACAAUUGA